CCGCUCUACGUCACAUGACGCAGCCCAUCAUGGCGGCGGGAACGCGGCUGCCCGGGCCCGCGGUUCCGCAGGGCUGCUGCCGUUGCUGCUGUUGAGAGGCGGCGGCGGCGCAGGCUGGCGGACGGGCGGGAAGGAUGGUGUUUCUGUGGCCGGAGCGGCGGGUGCGGACCAGGAGCCGCGCUGAGGUUUGGCCGAAGCACCGUGUGACCAGGAGCAGCCGGCGCGGGUGCCGCUGAGGCAGCAUAGGGAGGCAGGAGCGACUGACCGACGGACGGACGGAAGGCGACCCGAGAGCCGGCCCCGGGGCCGUGCGGUGGGCGAGAUGCCGGGGCCACCGGCGUUGCUGCUGCUGCUGCUCCUAGCCGCUGGCAGUACCCGGGCCGCGCCACUUCCGCAAACAGGUGCAGGAGAGUCGCCUGCUAUAGAAGUUCCCUCAUCUUUUGUGAUCCUGUCUGUGUGCAGUUUAAUAAUAUUAAUCGUGUUAAUUGCAAACUGUGUAUCCUGCUGUAAGGACCCAGAAAUAGAUUUUAAGGAAUUUGAAGAUAAUUUUGAUGAUGAGAUAGAUUUCACACCACCAGCAGAAGAUACUCCCUCCGUUCAAUCCCCAGCAGAAGUUUUCACACUUUCAGUACCAAAUAUUUCGCUACCAGCUCCAUCACAGUUUCAGCCUUCUGUAGAAGGUUUGAAGUCUCAAGUUGCCCGCCACAGUCUAAACUAUAUACAGGAAAUUGGAAAUGGCUGGUUUGGAAAGGUCCUCCUUGGCGAGAUUUACACGGGCUCUAGUGUAGCGAGAGUAAUAGUGAAGGAGUUAAAAGCAAGUGCAAGCCCAAAGGAACAAGAUACUUUUUUGAAAAAUGGAGAACCUUACUAUAUUCUUCAGCACCCAAACAUUCUUCAGUGUGUUGGACAAUGUGUAGAAGCUAUUCCAUAUCUUCUGGUGUUUGAAUUCUGUGACUUGGGCGACCUAAAAGCUUACCUGCGCAUGGAGCAAGAGCACCUGCGCGGGGACUCGCAGACCAUGCUGCUGCAGAGGAUGGCGUGUGAGAUCGCCGCGGGGCUGGCCGCCAUGCACAAGCUGCACUUCCUGCACAGUGAUUUAGCCCUGCGGAACUGUUUCCUUACCUCAGAUCUAAAUGUGAAAGUGGGAGAUUAUGGAAUAGGAUUCAGCAGGUACAAGGAGGAUUAUAUUGAAACAGAUGAUAAAAAAGUUUUCCCUCUGCGAUGGACUGCUCCAGAAUUAGUAACCAGCUUUCAAGACAGACUACUAACUGCAGAUCAAACUAAGUACAGCAACAUUUGGUCCCUGGGUGUGACACUUUGGGAACUUUUUGAUAAUGCUGCUCAGCCUUAUUCCAGCCUCUCCAACUUAGAUGUUCUCAAUCACGUCAUUCGAGAAAGAGACACAAAACUCCCUAAGCCCCAGCUGGCGCAGCCUUAUUCCGAUAGAUGGUAUGAAGUUUUACAGUUCUGCUGGCUGUCACCAGACAGGAGACCAGCGGCCGAGGACGUGCAUAGACUGCUCACCUACCUGCGGAUGCAAAGCCAAAGGGACUCGGAAGUCGACUUUGAGCAACAGUGGAAUGCUCUUAAACCAAAUACUAACAGCAGAGACACUUCCAACAACGCUGCAUUCCCAAUUCUUGACCAUUUUACCAGGGAUCGGCUUGGCCGAGAAAUGGAGGAAGUCCUCACGGUGACUGAAACCAGCCAGGGCCUGAGCUUCGAGUAUGUCUGGGAGGCAGCGAAGCACGAUCACUUUGACGAGCGCAGCCGGGGCCCCCCGGACGAAGCCUUGUCCUACACGAGCAUCUUCUUUCCAGUUGAAGUGUUCGAGAGUUCACUUUCGGAUCCCGGGCCCGGGAAACAAGAUGACAGUGGCCAGGAUGUCCCCGUGAGAGCCCCCGGAGUGGUCCCCGUCUUUGAUGCCCACAACCUUUCUGUCGGAAGCGACUAUUACAUCCAGUUAGAAGAGAAAAGUGGGAGCAACUUGGAGCUUGAUUACCCCCCCGCUCUGCUUACAACUGAAAUGGAGAGCCCAGAAAGGACACGUGGUGAGGCGCCCCAGUUUCUGACACUCAGACAUCUUGAAUUUGAGGAGUCCAGCACAGAUGAGGAUUUCUUCCAAAGCAGCACAGACCCCAAAGAUCCCAGCAUACCUGAGGAUGUGCAUGUCGCCAGGGGCCCCGAGAGCCCUUUCAACAACAUAUUUAGUGAUUGUGACAAGUCGGAGGAUUUGCCCAGUCACCAAAAAAUAUUUGACUUAAUGGAACUAAACGGAGUUCAAGCUGACUUUAAGCCAGCCACUUUAAGUUCAAGUUCGGAUGACCCCAAAGAGUCAGGAAUAACAUGCCACUUGGAGAAAGAAAAGCCCCGGAAGCUUUUUGACUGUGAACCUCUUUGCUUAGCAGAAAACCUUAUGCACCCAGAUAAUGUUGGUCCAGUGAAUGUUCAAGAAUUGUCAGAAAACUUUUUAUUUCUUCAAGAGAAGAACUUACUAAAAGACUCCUUGUCUAGCAAAGAACACAUAAAUAGUCUUCAAGCAGAACUUAAAAAUGCUGGCUUUCCUGAAACUAUCUUAGAAACACCACUUGGAAACGCUUUAGAUACUGAACUCCAGUUUGCUGACAAUAAAACAGGCUUUUCUUUGUUGCAGGAAAACUUCAGCAUGAAGGGUAAAGACACAGGUGAGCUCCCGGACACUCUGAACAGCUCGCUGUCACCUUCCCCGGAAGUGCAGGUACCGCCUACCUCACUCGAAACAGAAGGAGCGCCUCAUAAUGUACCUCCAGAUACGCUCCCGAAGCAGGGAGAAACCACACCCAUGUGUGUAGAUGUCAGUAUCCAUGACGACGGUCUCUGCCAAGAAACAAAUCCAGAUUCUGUGACUGUCCCAGUUGAAAUUCCCUCGCCUGAUGCCAAAACACACAACACUGGCCACGGGUCCCAUGAACUAACUCACCAAAAUGAGGCGGCCUUGAGACUGGCCCAGAGCGACUCAGUUCUGGUCGGUGACAUUUUUGCCAGUGAAGUGAGCAUAGGGAGCAGUCCUUCAGAGCUGAGACAGGACCCAGAAAAUCUGCCGCCUUCAGCGGACCGUCCCAGGAGUAGUCUGCCGCAAAACAACUCGGAGGCCGUGGAGACUUGGAAUCAGCUGAACGGUAACGAGGCCACAGAACAGGUGGGCUUGGCAUCCGCCCUUUCCUCAGACUCCACCAGUCAAGACAGCCUGUUAGAGGACAGCUUGUCAACGCCCAUUCCAACCUCAGAACAGUCAGUGGAGACUCCAGACUCUCUGGAUUCCGUGGAUGUCCACGAAGUCUUGUUGGAUUCUGUAGGCUCUCACACCCCCCCGAAACUCUUGCCCCCCGAUAAGCCUGCAGACAGUGGCUAUGAGACAGAGAACUUGGAGUCCCCUGAGUGGACUCUGCACCCUGCUCCCGACAGCGCCUCAGCCCCUGAUGUGGCCGCAGCAGGUGAUAGUGGUCAUGGUGGGCUGCCUCCCAACCCCGUCAUCGUCAUCUCAGACGCAGCUGAUGGCCACAGAGGUACCGAAGUGUCCUCACAGACUUCUGCGCCUGGCUCCCAGAGCUCAUACCGAGACUCUGCUUACUUCUCAGACAAUGAUUCUGAACCUGAUAAGAAGUCGGAGGGGGUCCCAGGAACCUCCAUGUCUGCCUUGACCUUGGUAAUGGAUCAGCCCCUGCCUCAGCCAGUCAUCCCAGAGCAAAGUCCUGGCACCAAGGACAGUUGCCUGGAAACCAAAACUAGCCAGCCAGACCAAAGUUGUCUAUCUGCUUUGCCAAAUUCCAGUCUCCUAGAAUCAAGAGAAACAUCAGAACCAGCACUGACAGACGUCCCCGGAGAGCUACAUCCUCCUGAAGACGAGGCUGGCAGUCCCUCGAGUUUGUUGAACUCAGAGCUGAGCAGCGGUGAUGACUUCGAGGCCCAAGAAGAGCACCCCUGCUCGAUUGCGUCCACCGGGACCAACACCAACGAGCUCCUUGCGUUUGCCAAGUCCACCCUUCUCCCCGGCAGCCCGCCGGCCCUGCCGGUGGACAAGCCCUUCUCCAGCCACUCGGAGGGCCCCAAGCUGAAGGAGCCAGAUAUUGAAGGGAAGUACCUGGGGAAACUAGGUGUGUCGGGGAUGCUUGACCUCUCCGAGGAUGGGAUUGACGCGGACGAGGAAGAUGAGAACAGUGACGACUCGGACGAGGACCUGCGGGCGUUCAACCUGCACAGCCUUAGCUCCGAGUCAGAGGACGAGGUCGAGCACCCUGUCCCCGUGAUCCUCAGCAACGAGGACGGACGGCCCCUGCGGAGCCUGUUGAAGCCGCCGGCCUCUGAUACCAUCGACCAGCUCCCGGAUGACUGGAGAAAAGAAAAGAAGGCGGUGACAUUCUUUGAUGAUGUCACAGUCUAUCUGUUUGACCAGGAGACCCCAACCAAAGAGCUGGGCCACUGUGGGGGAGAAGCUCAUGGCCCCGAGCUGAGCAGCCCAGCACCGGCGUCAGGCUCCCCUUACCUGAGCAGGUGUAUAAAUUCCGAAAGUUCAACUGAUGAAGAAGGUGGAGGCUUUGAAUGGGAUGAUGACUUCUCCCCAGACCCUUUUACAUCAAAGACAACGAGUAACCUUCUUAGUUCCAAGCCUUCCCUGCAAACAUCAAAGUACUUUUCUCCCCCGCCCCCGGCCCGGAGUGCAGAGCAGAGCUGGCCCCACACGUCCCCCUACUCCAGGUUCUCCAUCUCUCCUGCCAACAUCGCCAGCUUUUCUCUCACACACCUCACGGACUCGGACAUGGAGCAAGGAGGAAGCAGCGAAGAUGGAGAGAAAGAUUAGCGGCUGCUGAUGUACUCGAUCCCAGGCUGCUUCCCCAGGCCGGUCCUGUGCUGCCGGCUGAGCAGUGCCAUCCACUCGACGUCUGCUGAGAUGGGACAGGGAGAGAGACUCGGGCGGAAAGGGAGCUGGCGCCGGGCUCCGUGGGGCUCUGUGCCGGUGCCCACGGCAGGAAACCCGGCUGGGGAGGCGUGGUCCCGUCCAGCUGUUUGCUGCCCCAUGGCCGCCCUCACCUACCAGAAACAUUGGCGCUUGGGCAGCACAGCCCUGCUCCAGUGCGUGGAGAACUGUGGGCUCCUGGUUGUCUCUGUUUCCAUGCAGGGUGUUCCUGUCCACACCUGUGCAUCCCAUCUGUGCACAGGGGCCCAGAGGGUGCACGGUGGGAACUGGCACCAGUGAGCCGUAUUUAUUAUUUUUUUAAAAAUCACUAAUUGCUUUCUGUAAUUGCACUGUGGAUAAAUGUUCUAAGAUGUUCUGAUAUUGUACAGAAUCUUAAAUUAUUCAAGGAAAAUAAGGCAGGUCAAGCUGGUGCUAUCCACUAGUUUGAUUAUUUUUCUGUUUUAUAGUUUGUUUGCUCUGCAUGGUACUUGUAAAGCUUAAAUAUUUUGAGUGUUAUGCCGUCCUUAGAAUUGCUGGAACUGUACAUAUGGUACUUUUUCGUAAAUGAUAAAUGAUUCUGAAUGUUAGUGUUUUAUGUCCUUAUAGGAAAUAUUUUUGAAGACUCCAAAAAGGCUGCUCUGUUUCGUUGGUUGACUGAACCCCAUUGAGUCUCUUCUCUGAGGCGGUCCCGUGUAGCAGAUGAGGCUUCUCUGAGGCGCUGGAGGGCCUUGCAGCCCCUCCAUGUGAUUCUCCCACUCCCACCCCCGAUUUUAAAACCCUUUUGGGAAAACCCUUUUUCGUGCACCCCAGAACUCAGCUGCAGGUUAGAACGUGCAGGUCCCCUGGCCCGGGGAGCUGAGCGUGGCCCUACAAGUACUUCCCCUCCAAGCUGGCUUCUACUGCUUGGGUUUUAGAAGCACAGGCUGCCAUGGCUUUAGUGUCCUUGGAACCCCUUCAUUCUGGAAGGGGCAGCACCCCGAGGGAGAAGCUGCUUGGGGGGCUGUGGCAGCAGAGAGCAGUUGGAAUUCAUUCUGUUUGUAGAAGCUCAGCCCCGGUGUUCAGCUUUUACUAACCUCCAGAGCUGAGUUUUCCCCUCAGAGCCACUGCAAGUCGUGUCAUGUCCAGGCAUGGCUGGUCUCUGUAGCCCAGCAGAUCCACUACAUCCUGCAGCUGUGAGAAGGGACAAGGGACAGCGGCAGAGCCUCCGCAGCCGCAUGUCCUCCUGGGCAGGACCAUUCCGCAGCCCUGUGUGGCCGUCAGACCCAGACAGCACUCCCGGGCAUGUCACACUGGCCCUGCCCUUCUGCCUUCAGCACCAAGCUCUCCCCUCGCUGUGAAAGGGACCCAGCGUGUCCGCUGCAACCUCAUAAUGUUGGUGACCUCACUCUGCAGCUCUUGAGUCUGCUCUGACAUCGGGAAGUUUCCGGGGGCUGGAGCAGCAUAGCAGUGCUGUUCUGAGGGAGGCUCGGCCUGUCGGCCAUGAAGACGCAGGCUGGCUCUUCACCCCACUGUUCUCCGGUGCUGAUACGCUUUCCCGACUCCAGCGGAAGGUAACGCCAGGAUGACUCUCCGGGCCCAGGUAGUCCCAGGAACUCGGGGCCUAGUGCAAGAUGCACAUGUGUAUACUGGCUAGUUUCCCUAGUAAAUGAUGACCUUUACUAUCAAUUCUGGUUCACGCCACUAACUUUCUAUACGCGCAAUAACAGCCAGAGCAAGGAAGUCCAGAAUGACGAAAGGGGCCCCUUUCCCCUCCACUGGGCGUGAGUGUGGAGCACCGUCCGGGAAGCUGGACCCGGUGGUGUGCACAUUGAAAAAAGUUAACAGGGCAUUAGAAGGUGAUUUUUGCCAAAACCAUCAAACUCUGAAUUUCUUGUUAUGGAGACUUCCUGAGCUUUCUAAAUUUUUACAUCUACCAUCGAGGUUUGGAGAGAAUUGAGGCGAUUAUACUAGUUUUUUCAAAUUAAUAGGUUUAAGGAGUUCAGAUUUAAUGACUAAAAUCAAGCAGAUCCACAGAACAUAUAGUCUUUUGCAGUCAGCCCAGGAUAAAUUUGAUGUUUUGGGGCUGUACAUUUUUCACUAUGAUUAAGGCGAUUUUAACAACAUAAUUCCCAUUUUAAUUUAUUUUAAGUCUAUAUCACUCUCAAUUAAUUGCCAAAAAAAGCAUUUUAUACAUUGAUUUGGGGGUGGGUUGGAGUAGUAGAUUUCACUGGAGGGGGGGUUGCAUGGUAGGGAAGAUUUUAUAUUUAUAAUAAACGUGAGUUAACGUUCUUUUGAAAUCUUAAGCAAUACACAGGAAAUAAAUUAUGUACAUUAAAAUUUUCAGCCCAUUUUUGAAAUGUCAGCAUGUGCUUUGUUGUCUCAGUUUUUUUUAACUCGGUUGGUUACCAGUAGUGGGUUUUCAAACCGUACUUGCUCUAGUAAGUUACACAGUGAACUGAGUCAGUGGUUCUCUAGGUGAUAGGGGCGAGGCUUGUGACAUCUCGCUCACUGUCAUGUUUCCACGCCUCCCUCGGAGCCUAUGAGGUUUUACUUAGUUUUACUCUGGUGGAAUUUAUGUAUUUUAAAUCCUAUAAUAAAAAUAAUCUAACCUUCAUUUCCUUCCUAGCUAGAUGCUAAUUUGUGUUACCAACUGACUCGCUUGUAACUCAGAAAGAGAAAUGUAGAAAAAGCGUUCCCCGUAUCUUUCUGAAACGGACUGUGUGUGGGUAAGAAGCCAUUCAUCUGAAGGGCGAAGAAGCUCAACGAAGCUGAACUGAAAACAGACUUUCAUUCUGUUUUUAAAUGUACCUGUGAUUGUUUCUAUAGAAAUGGGUUUAUCUAAGAAAAGUCUUUGUAUGUCUUGCUGCCAUAUAACGCCUUUCAAAUGGAAACCUCUUCCUCUUAGUGGUAUUUCCAUAGGGUAUUUGUAGGGUUCAUGACUUAACUGCAUGUCUGUCCUGAGGGCCCAGGUGUAAGGGAGGCAGCUAAUAGUUUUACUCCACUCAGCCCUUAAUUUUAAUCUGAAAAUUCCAGAAGUGAACCACGGGUUAGGCUCCAAGUGUUGGGCUUCAAUUACAGGGGCUUCAAGAUACCAGCCUUAUGAGAAGCAGCCUUAAAAUAAGAAUGGCUGUACAGAAUUACUUCAGAUUUCAAUCUCAAAAACGAUAUUCCGGAGUAGUGAUUGGAGUUGGCUCAAGUUUUGACGAUUAAAGAAAAUCCUCUUUAGUAUAUAGAUAAAUUCUUAAAGGUGUGUUGACAGUGUUGAAUUCCCAACAACCUGUUAUUUGAGUGGCUUGAACAUGUCUGCUGUUCAAGCUCGCACAGACCUAGGUAGGUCUUAACAGUGGAUGGGUGUCCGUGUCCACUGUUAACCCCGUCUGCAGAUGAGGACAAGGGGCAGUCAUACCUGUGAGGUUUCCCUGUUGUGCUUUAACACAGCCGCAAGAGGUUCACGGCAAUAUAACAGUUAAUGAACUUUCAUUUAAAUUGUGUACAUUUUUAAAUUGUAAGAUUUUUACUGUAUAUUGAUGCAUAGUGUGAUUCAAUAAAUUGCUUGUAAUUUAAAAACUAUUUAAUAUUCAAAUAAACAUAGUUAUAUAUUUAUAAA